CUUGAUUAUAAUCGCGAUACUUCUUCCCCAGGGGAGAAGAGGUGGGAAGUCCGGAAAUCCCUUACCUCAGGGACCGUGACAGAGCAUUUCGCAUGAGGUCUUCUUACCCCGGUGCUUUCACACUGCUGAAGCCAUGGCCAACUCGGCCGACGCGCACGACACGCGCUCGUCCACACUGAGCGCCGAGGAGCAGACCAUCGCGCCGGAAUCAAAAAAUGCUACUCACCACAUCCCCAACAUCCUUCCGCAUGAGCGCGUCUUUCCAAUCCAACUCGGAUCUGAGCUGUUUAAGCUUUCCGGUGCCUCAAUAUCAUCUGAUGCGCCCUCUUACUUCUCACAAUACUUUAGGUGCCAGAUCAAGCAGGCUGAAGAAGCCGGUCAGGAUAUCAGCUCUGCCAUCCGCACGCUCUACAUCGACCGCGACCCUGUCACGUUCAGGGACAUUGCGCUCCACCUCCAGGGAUACCAUGUCCAGCCGCGCGAUGCGACACACUUUGUGCGCCUGUUUGCUGACGCCCAGUUUUACCACCUCCCCAAGCUAGUCUCCCAGCUUUACGAAGAAUCAAUCUUCACCACCAUUGGCGGCGUGCAGUUCCGCAUCCCGCGCGACCUCUUUUCCGACCCGGGCAACUCGCCCAACUUCUUCACUCUCGGCUUCGCCGCCUUCUUCUCCCCCCCGGGCGGCGAAGUCUUCCCAGGGCUCGACCGCGAGGGGCUCCUGCGCCCGCCCUCCAUCGCACCUCCCUCGGUCGAGGGCCGCAGCCCGGAGAUCUUUGCCGAGCUGCUGCACCUGCUGCGCGGCUACCCAAUCGAGAUCCGGAGCGAGCAGCAUCGCGCCCAGCUGCUGCGGGACUGCCGCUACUUCAACCUCAAGGGCCUGGAGCAGAAGCUGAUCCCGCACGCCGUGUCGUUCAACCUGGCCCGCGGGAGGAGCGAGAUUGUGCUGCGGCUGGGCGACAUCCUCAAGAGCGGCAUCUCGGUCGCCGGCGAGCCGACCCCGGCCGAUCCGCUCGCCGGCUGGGUCAACUACGCGCGGCCCUACGUGGACGAACGGCCCAACGAGCUGGUGCUGGAGAUCGGGGGCGAGAGCACGAGGCUCCGGCUGGUGCCCGGUCAGGCGGCGGGAUGCGGCGCCGGCAGCGGCGGCACGGUGGUGGAGGCGAGGGCCGAGUUCUUCGGCGAGAUGCGUGCCCGCGUGACCAAGCUGCUGGAGGUCAUCGCGACCAAGCUGAACCUGCCGUCUGCGGCCCAGCCGGGGCUUCUGACGGCGCCCGGCCGGAGCACCGCCUCGCUUUCCCCAGGAAAUACCCCGCUUAGCGAGGAUCUUGUCAAGGCCAUUCUCGACUCAGACACGAGCGUGGUGUUGGACGGGAAGCCCUGGACACCGGUCGCCGAGGAGGGAGAAGACCUAUCGUGGAUGACGGGUAACGCGGACACCGCGCUGAUGUCGAGGAAGAGGAGGAGAGUAGAUGAGCAAGGCGGAAAUGCAGAGGAGUGGAUCGUCAAGACGGGACAGUGGCGAUUGAAGAUUCAGGGUUCCAGAAAUGGCAAGGCCGCUGUCGAGUGUUGCUUCGUGGCUGUGAAGCUGGAUGCCUAUAGCUCGGAGAGGGCACGGAACACUCAGAGACCAUUCCUGGGCGGCUAGCAACGUCUGGUCAAUAGGGGAUGAUUGACAAAAACAAUUCUCAAUGUACUCAUAUGUAGUAUGUACAUUACGUAUUACCACGCAUAAUACUAAGUAAGUGUUUGCGUAAAAUAGAGGGUGGAGAGACAAGUGGCUUGCCUGAUCGUCGUCUGGCUCCUGUUGCUUUUGCGAUUGAUGAG